GUUGGGGAGAAUGGCGGUUUAUUCGCCUAAAAAAAGACCAAGGGAAUGAUGAUUUUUCUCAAAACAGGGCGCCAGGAAGCGAAGCAAGGGCAGUUAAGGUUUCGGUGGAUUAUGGAGAAUUUGGGCAGUUUGCUGAGUGGCUUGGUAUUCUUGCCUUAAAGUAUUAA